CCGGGGAAACGGGUUGAGGGCUCUCUUGCCGGUGGACUAGAAACUCCCGCCAUUUCGACAGGGAAUUAACCUCUUGUUUGAUUGGGAACACUUAAUUGUGACAUUUACGGAUAUAGUUUUCAGAGAAAUCGAAACCUCGAAAUAAGAUCUAUCCAGCGAAAUAUAUCAGUCCUGGUUUUAAAAUACUUUAUCGGUACUGUAAAGCGACAGAGAUCUGCAACCGAUCUCUGGCUGUUGCCGCGAGUUUGAUAUCGGCGUGGCUCUCAUCCUUUCGUGCCUACUGAAGGAACUAAAAGUUUACUAACUUAUCCGUCGGAGGAAAGCUGUAACAUCUUUUUACAACAUCUGGACUCUACUUAAAAUCGGGGCCCUUCUGCUGCUAUUGAAGCGGAGAAUGUUGCGAUGAGGCCAUUGGUGAGACGCUCACUGUUAUUGUUUUGCAACGAGAUAGCGAGCCAAGCUGCUAGCUAACCAGCUAGCUUUAGCACGCUGAGAGCCGGGGCCUGCCGGCAAUUACGCGAGACGUGCUGUAGCUGUGAAUAUACCCAACUGACACCUGGAUACAUGCUAACAACUACCACGGGGUGAAAUUUUGCUAGUCUGUUGCCAGAAAGUAUAUUUUAACCUCUGGCACUCGUGCCGUCUUUGGUACCGCCAUGGCACCGCUGCUGGGCCGGAAACCGUACCCGCUGGCUAAGCCGCUAGCCGAGCCACCAGGCCCGGGAGAAGAGGUCUACAUCAUCGAGCAUACCAAGGAGGCCUUCGGGAACAAAGAAGAGUAUGAGGCGCGACUGCAAAGAUAUAGUGAACGCAUCUGGACAUGCAAGAGCACAGGAAGCCUCCAGCUUACUCACAAAGAAGCCUGGGAGGAGGAACAAGAAGUCACUGAGCUGCUCCAGGAGGAGUAUCCGCUAUGGUUUGAGAAGCCAGUCCUUGAGAUGGUCCACCACAACACCGUGUCCUUAGACAAACUGGUGGAGAUGGCCUGGGUGGAAAUCCUCACCAAGUAUGCUGUGGGCGAAGAGUGUGACUUCCUGGUGGGAAAAGACCAAAGUUUGCGGGUAAAAGUGAUCAAGGUUCAUCCUUUGGAAACCCCAGAGGGCGAGUCGGGCGAGAAGAAGCUGGAAGGUGCAUGUGACUCCCCAUCCAGCGAUAAAGAAAACGCAAGUCAGGAGAACCAGAGGAAGGAGCCCCCGUCCCGAGAGGAGGACAGCAGGAGGGACAGCCUGAGCGACAGGGCGCGGCGUUCUCCAAGGAAAGCUACCACUGCCACAAAAGAAGAGAAGAAGAGAUGGGUCAUGCCCAAAUUUCUUCCCCAUAAGUAUGACGUGAAGCUCAUCAGUGAGGAUAAGGUGAUCAGCAAUGUCCCAACAGACAGUCUCUACAGAACAGAGCGCCCUCCCACCAAGGAGAUCAUGCGCUACUUCAUCAGACACUACGCUCUGAGGCUGGGCAAAGGAGAAAGCGCCCCCUGGGUGGUUGAAGAUGAACUGGUGAAAAAAUACAACCUGCCCAGCAAAUUCAGCGACUUCCUUCUUGAUCCGCAGAAGUUCUUUGCUGAAAACCCCUCCACAAAGCGUAAAAGCUUGACUUCUUCAGAGGGCAAACCAAGUAAGAAGGUCAAGACCGGCGACACACCUGGAGAGGAUUCAGGAAACGAGAAAGGGGAGAAGAAGAAGAAAAAGAGAGACUCUCAAGGAUUACCUCUUAGUCCCACCAUGUGGGGCCACAUGCAGAUGAAAAUGAAUGGCUCCCCCCUCAAGAUGAAGAACUCUGGGAGUUCUAAGAAAGGAGAAGGGAGAAGCUCAGCACCAUCCACUCCCAAAUCUGGCAAGAAAACUGGAGAAAAAAAGGAUGGGAAGAAGAGCGGAAAGAGUGGCGAUAAGAAGCUGGAUGUGUUCAAAUCUAAAAAAGACGGGAAGGCUAGCGACAAGACACCAAAAAUGAAGCAGAUGACUCUGCUACAGCUGGCUAAAGGGACGCCCACAGGGAGUCCCAAGAAGAGACCCCGUAGCACCAGCCUGGGUACACCGAAACUAGGGAAGCCGCUGCACCCGAUGGCUCUGCACCUCAUCCGUUAUUAUAAGGAGCAUAAAGGAAAAGAGGAUAAAAAAACCUCCCUCUCUUCUCUCGUUUCUAAAGCCGCAAAAACGCUAUCCGCCGAUGACCGCGGGCGUCUGCCGGAUGAGCUGAAGGAGCUCGUCCAGAAACGCUGGGAACUGCUGGAGCACAAGAAGAAAUUGGCGGCCAUGAGUGAAGAGGAGCGGAUGGAGGAGAUGAAGAGAAGGCGUGCCAAACUCAAAGAGAAACUAAGAGAGAAGGCCAAGGAGAAACGCAAGCAGGAGAUGUUGGUCCGACAAGAACAGUCACGUCGAUACGAGGACCAAGAGAUAGAAGGCGGCAAGGCGCUGCCCACAUUCAAACUGGUGGACAUGCCCGAAGGCCUGCCGAACACCCUCUUUGGCAGCGUGGCCAUGGUGGUGGACUUCCUGAACUGCUAUGCCCAGCUGCUAAUGCCAGAGGAUCAGUACCCGGUAACAGCGGGCGCUCUGAUGGAAGCUCUGGCCGGGGAGCGGUCGGGUUUCCACUACCUGAACCGCGUCUUGGUGGUUCUGCUGCAGACGCUGCUGCAGGACGAGCUGGCUGAAGGCUACAGCGAGCUGGACAUGUCCCUGUCAGAGAUCCCCCUCACCAUGCACUCCGCCUCAGAGCUGACGCGGCUGUGCCUGCGGCCAUGCGACGCUCACGAAGAGAGCGCCAAGGGGUCAGAGGACUCCGGGGCCAUGGGUGGAUAUGAUGAUGUGGUGAGCAGCGAGUUCCUGGAGAAGCUUGAAACGGUGGAGGUAUUUGAGCUAAGCCCCGAAGAGAAGGUGGAUCUGUUGGUAGCUCUGUGUCACCGCAUCCUCAUGACCUACUCUGUGGAGGACCACGUCGACGCGAUGCAGCAGCGCUCUGCCGAGCUGUGGAAGGAGCGUCUGGCGAUGUUAAAGGAGGUCAAUGACCGCAAAAGGGCUGAAAAGAAGAUGCGAAAGGAGAUGGAGAGAAAAGGUGAAAAGAAAAAAGAGGGAGGGGCUAAAAAAGAGGUGAAGAAGGAAGUGAAGGUGGAGCCUGAGCCAGAACCCGAGGACCUGAUCAGUCUGGUGAAGAGCCGACGGCUGAUGGCGAUGCAGGCGAAGAAGGAGAAGGAGGAGCUGGACCGGCAGAACAGAGAGCGGAUGGAGAAGGAGGCCGAGGAGGAGCGUCUGCGGAAGCAGAGAGCUGCUGCAGAGCGGGCCUUCCAAGAGGGGAUAACCAGAGCCAAGCUGGUGAUGCGUCGGACCCCGCUCGGCACAGACAGAAAUCACAACAGGUACUGGCUUUUCUCCGACGUGGUUCCUGGGCUGUACAUCGAGAAAGGCUGGGUGCACGAUGGCAUCGACUACAGCUUUACUCCUCCCCCUGAAGAGAAACCAGCCGAGGCAGAGAUGGAGGAGGAGGAUGAUGAAGGCAGCGAGGCGGCUUCAGUUCCUGAUCCACAAGAAGCUGAAAAGGACAACGCCAGUGUUGACGGUGCUGCAAGUGAAGGAGUCCAGCAGGGGGCAGCACCAGAUGUCUGCAUUGAAACUACAAUCCCUAAACAGGGACAAAACCUUUGGUUCGUCAUUGACAGCCCAGCUGAACUGGAGGAGCUGGUGGAAAGUCUUCAUUCUCAGGGAGUCCGGGAGAGCGAGCUGAAGCUGAAGAUUCAGAACCGGUAUCAGGACAUUCUGCACUCCAUCUAUUUGAGCCGCAAAGCCAAACUGGCACUCAGGAGCUGCGAUGGCUAUGCUGAGCUGCUCAAAUACAUGCGCAGCGACAUCCAGGAAAUCGCCUCUAGACUCCAGAAGGGUGGACUGGGUUACCUAGACGACAACGUUGAUAUAGAAAAUCAGCUGAAAGACAUGGAGAGCUUGAAAGACUUUGGAGAGUGCAUCAUCACCCUUCAGGCCUGCGUCAUCAAAAAGUUCCUGCAGGGCUUCAUGGCUCCCAAACAGAAGAAGAAGAAAAAACAAGCAGGGGAAGAAACAGGCAAAGCGGAAGAGGUGGACGAGGAGAAGAAACUGGCAGAAGAAGCCCGGGUGGCCUCAGCGGUGGAGAAGUGGAAGACUGCAAUCAGGGAGGCGCAGACUUUCUCCCGCAUGCACGUUCUGCUGGGGAUGUUGGACGCCUGCAUAAAGUGGGACAUGUCUGCCGAGAAUGCUCGCUGCAAAGUCUGUCGCAGGAAAGGUGAUGAUGAGAAACUCAUCCUUUGUGAUGAGUGCAACAAGGCUUUCCAUUUGUUCUGCCUGCGACCGGCUCUGUACCGCAUCCCUGCCGGGGAGUGGCUGUGUCCGGCCUGCCAGCCCACCGUAGCCAGGAGGGGCUCCCGCAUUCGAAAUUAUAAGCAAGACACGGAUGAAGAAGAGAGUGAGGAGGAAUCUGAAGAAGAAUGCUCUGAUGAGGAGGAGGAGGAUGAGGAGGAAGAAAAUGACUACAAAGCCAUGGGGCACAGCUUGAGGCCGAGGAAGAAAAAUAAGCAGUCUUCAUCUCGGUCGAAGAGCUCUAAAAGCAAACCCAAGAAGGCCUCCAGCAGUCAGAGCAGCAAGCAGCGAGCUGGCCCCAGCAACCCGGCAGACAUCGAUGAACUCGUGAGACAGAAUUCCCAAACAGGAGUAAAAAAGCAGGCGUUGGAGCUGGAGAGGUGUGAAGAAAUCCUGCAGAAGCUCAUGAAAUUCCGCUACAGCUGGCCAUUCAGGGAGCCCGUUUCCCCAGAUGAGGCAGAGGACUACCUGGACAUCAUCUCUGAGCCCAUGGACUUCCAGACCAUGCUGGGCAAAUUCAGCCAGGGCUCGUACCGCCACGCCCAGGAUUUCCUGGAGGACAUGAAACUGGUGUUCUCCAAUGCGGAGGAGUACAACCAGCAGGGCAGCACGGUGCUCUCCUGCAUGGUGAAGACGGAGCAGACGCUCACGGAGCUCAUCCAGAAGCUGCUCCCAGGAAUCAGCUACCUCCGGCGGCGCACCCGCAAGCGCGUUAGCCAAGCCCCUCCAUCAGAGGAAGAGGACGAAGAGGAGGAGGAUGAAGAGGACUGCGAAGAGCAGGAAGACGAACCCAAGAAAAAGGCGCAGAACGGCAAAUCCAACCGGAAGACGACCAGGAACGGUCGAGCCCGGAAAGACGAGAGCGAAACCGAGGAGGAGAGCGAGGAGGACAACAGCAGCAGGAGGAGGAGUAAGAGGACCUCUGCCACCUCCGGCAGGAAGGAUUACAGGGAGCUGGAUAGUGACGGGGAGAGGGGCACGAGGAGAACUCGUCACCGGGGGGAUCGGGGAGACGGCAGCAGCGACGAGGAGCAGUCAAGCCAUCAGCAGCGACAUUCCAAGAGACUGAAACACUCGUGAAAAGGGAGGUGUAUCUCCAUCAUCUCUGUUCUCCUCCUCUGGAAUACGACCACAAGCUCUCCUCCUCUUCCUCCUCCUCUCACAACCAGCAGGACUCAAACCUCAGAAGGACUUGUUUUUGUGUUGACAAAUUUAUGUUCACAUUUUGAAAAAAAAAAACAAGAAAACUGAUUUAUAUUUGUAACAUUUUUUAUAUUGGUGAUUUUUUUUGUUUUGUUUCAUUGUUUAUCCCAAGGAAGUAAAAAAAAAAAAAAAAGAAAAGAGAACCUAUACAUUUAUGGGUUGUCGUCAUGGCUCUUAGGGUUUCUAUUUCAGUUCGCGAUUGACAACUUCACACUAGGGUGGGUCCUGACACGCUUUGCCAGGCCGCCUCUGAGCUGCCACAGGAUUUGAAUACAAAUCUGUAGAUAUUCUCUGGUUUAACUUGGCCUACGUUAAAAUCCUGCUCAUCUUCAGGAAGCAGAGCGGCUCGUAGAGCUGCGCAGCCUUUCCUCAUCUGUAGUGCCCUGCCACUUUAAAACACCUCAGAAGAUCCACCUGUUUGUACUCCUCCUCUAAAAGUACAGGACCGUACAUAGAUUUAUGUGCAUAAUCUCUUGUACACAGUAUUUAAAACCAGCAUCUGUUUUGUUGUUAAAGAAAGUGGGAAUUUUUUAAAAUUUUUUUGUUUGGCACAUCUUAUUUUGAUAUUGUAAAUGAAAACCUGUCCAAUAAAUGCACAGAGAAAAUGUCUCAGCAAAAACUGACUUUUACGUUUUCUGACCAACAAUCGUCAACUCAGCCUAUUUCUUGGUGGCGUCACCAGGUGGCGCUCUGUUCCUUCAAUGACUCCAGUUUGCUGCAUAUUUCAGAGCUCUUUAAAAGGAAUACCUCUUAUGGCAGCCAAUUAUUACAUUUUUUUUGAUUGCCAACAUUGUGUAUAUAUUUAUAUAUCUGUACAGUGAUUAGGCUGUUUUUCCUGGUCUGUUCUGUGAAAUGCUGUGUUCCAGUGAUUUUAUUUUUUUUAUCAUCCAAACUUUCUGAUCACAAUCUUUUGCCCAACUUGUUUAUUUUGCUCAACCAGUAAAUUGUUUUUAAAGAAAAAAAGAAAUCCCCACUCUGAGUUACUGAGACAUGUUUGAACAAUCUGAGCCCUCUGGAGGACAUCCAAGUUCAGAUGUUUUUAUUCUUGGACGAGCUGCAAAAUGCUUUUACACUUAAUUUUUAAAUGAAUCUCUAUAUAUUUAUAGUUUAAAGCUGGAUAGGAAUGGUUGGAGGUUAAAGAAUGAAGCCUGUGGACAGACACUGCUGAUCUGAGCAGAGCAGAUGGCCAGGCUCAGGUCUGUGACAGAAAUCACUGCCAUCACAGAGUUGAUGAUGAAUGGGUCGGCCUUGACGGCUGAACUAUGUCUUUACUUUUUAAUAAAAUAUCAAAACAUU